AGUCAUUCCCCGGACUGCGCCACACAGACGCGGUGGUCUGACACGUUUCUCAGAGGAGCGCAGAGCUGGAGAGGAGCUGCGGCUGGAUGUGAGAGGGAGACACCGCCAUUAUCCCUAAAUGUGAUGAAAAUAUAGCAGCUUGCCUUGAUAUCUUCUGAGGGAGAGAAAAAGCACAGGAAGGGAGGGAAAAAAACUCCUUAAUCCCGGUUUUUCGGGGUUGAUAUCUUAUUUCUUCAAAAAAAAAGGUGUUUUCAUGUACGAUGUUGCCACAUUGCUCCCUUCUGUUACUGCUGUGUGCAGCCCAGCUGCUCUCUAGCUCCUCCGCUUUGCCCUUCGAACAGAGGGGCUUCUGGGAUUUUGCCCUGGACAGUCUGGAGAACGGCGGGAUGAUGGCGAUGAUGAUGAGGGAUCAGGAAGAAGGUUCGGCCGUAGAAGAGAUCCCCAUGCCCGACGGUCCCACGUGUCCCUUCGGCUGCCACUGCCAGUACCGGGUCGUCCAGUGCUCGGACCUUGGUUUGACGGAGGUGCCAAGGAAUAUUCCGCCAGACACCAAGCUCCUGGACUUGCAGAACAACCGUAUCACUGAGCUAAAAGAAAAUGACUUCAAAGGUCUCACUAACUUAUAUGCACUCUCUGUGAGGAAUAACAAGAUUUCCAAAGUACACCCAAAAGCUUUUGCCCCUUUGAAGCACAUGCAGAAGCUCUAUUUUUCAAAGAAUCUGUUGACCACCAUCCCCCAAAACCUGCCUGCCUCUCUGGUUGAGCUGAGGAUCCAUGAGAACCGCAUCAAGAAGGUGGCAGCUGGAGCCUUCUCACGACUGGGCAACAUGCACUGCAUAGAAAUGGGAGCAAACCCCAUCCAGAACAGUGGUUUUGAGCCUGGAGCCUUUAAAGGACUGAAAUUGAAUUAUCUGCGUAUAUCUGAGGCCAAGCUAACUGGAGUGCCUAAAGAUCUUCCAGACAGCCUUAAUGAGCUUCAUCUGGACCACAAUCAGAUCCAGGCUGUGGAACUGGAGGACCUGAGCCGCUAUAAAAACCUUAUCAGAUUGGGUCUUGGCUUUAACCACAUUCGAGACAUACAAAAUGGCAGCCUGUCAUUUCUGCCCAUGCUCAGGGAGCUGCAUCUGGACAACAACCGGCUCACACGUGUUCCCCAAGGCCUUCCAAACAUGAAGUACCUACAGGUGGUGUACCUCCAUUCCAACAACAUACAUCAGGUGGGUGUAGAUGACUUCUGCCCUCGAGGGUUCGGGAUGAAGAGGACGUACUAUAAUGGCAUCAGUCUGUUUGACAACCCCGUGAACUACUGGGAAGUUCAGCCGGCAACCUUCCGCUGUGUGAACGACCGGUUUGCCAUUCAGUUUGGAAAUUACAAAAAAUAAAACCAAGGGAGAUGCUCGGCAAAACGAAGAAUAAGGGGAAGUGUGGAGGAAAAGGGAAUAGGAGAAAAUAAUUUAAAUAAUGUCUAAAACUUGAGAUGCCAUGAAAGGAGUUUUUGUCGGAGAUUAUUGAGUUUAUAUUGUUGCUUUUGUGAUGAAAUUGAAUAGCAGAGGAGAUGGGUAUUAAACCCAUGGGGUAGAAAGCAAAGUGAAAUAUACACAACCCCAGAACUUGAAGUAGGAACAGGGCAGAAUCUGUGCAAAAAUGCAUCCGGUUUUGCAUUUUUAGAUUGCAGUUUAUGAAAGGUAUUUUCCAUCUAAGUCAGUGUAAAGAGGGCUGAAAACUUGUGAAAAAUGUCAGCACAAUUUUCUUCACAGAAGUUCUUAUAGUGACUGAAGCCCUUCUGUCAUCUUCUUUGGUAAGGAAUAUUAGUAAAAUAUUGGAAAGCAAUGCAUUUUUGAAUGUUUUUUAUACAUAUAUAAAAGGUGCUUUAUGUCUUCCUCUGUGUGCUGAUUAGAAAACAAAAAACAAAAAAACAAACAAAAAAAAACAUUCACUUUAUUUCCAUUUCACUGAUUUCACUGAUUCAUUGUGUUUUGGUCAUGAACUCUGCAAUUCUGACAAAUGAAGUUUGAGAAUUGGAGUAAUUUUACAGCAUCUCCAAACACAAGCAAAUAAAAACAACCAUAAUCAGAGAGUGAAUCUUUUUUACUGCACCUUAUAUAGACUGAAAUGUUUUAGAUAAAGUUCUAACUGAGUCCAUUGUGUGCCUUUUAUCACGUAUAUUCAGGGUGUAUCCCACACUCAAUAAACACAUCCGCUUUGCUUUAAGACAAUGAGGGUAGUGUGUACACAAAGCACAACAAACCGCAGUAGUAGUGACAACGCAUUGUUUUGCACAGAUUUUCUUAUAUGCUUUGUUUGCUUCGGGGUACAGUAUGGGGUGGAGGGGUGAGGGGGAGGGGGGGGAUGCGAGGUAGCAUGUUUACAAUGGUAAACCUUUGUGCAACUACUUUAGCUUUACGCAUUAUGUCCUGUCUCUUUUCUGUAAUCUGACAAUUUACUGCUGCAUGUGAAUAAAGACAUCUGUUA